AAGCAACCACUCUUUCUCUCUCUCUCUCUCUCUCAUGACAUGUAUAUAUGCAUAUGUAUAUAUGUAUAUAUAUCUAUCCAUAUGUGAUUACUUGUAAGGCGUUUGUUAGCCGAGACGUUGCAUCAAUCGCAGGUGCAGGGUCUGUCCAAACCCUCCAACUCUCUAACGGAAAACCACUUUCUCGUCUCCAUCCCCCACCAUAUAUUCUCUUGGACCCCUUUCUUUCUCUUUGUCUUCAUUGCUUUCUCUCUCUCUGGUUAUUUUUGUCGAUCAGAAAGAAGAAGAAGAAGAAGAAGAAGAACAGGCAAGGAAAGAGGAUUAACUCGAUCAUCCUUGAGUUAUAUAAAUAGCUAGCUAGCUAGGGUUUGAUCAUCGAUCUCUGCUAGCUGUUAUUAUUCUUUAAAGCGUAUUUAUUCUUUUAUUGUUAUUAGAAGAUAUAUAUAUAUAUAUAAGAUGUGCACCAGAGGCCACUGGAGGCCUGCUGAAGAUGAGAAGCUCCGGGAGUUGGUGGAACGCUAUGGACCCCAUAACUGGAACGCCAUAGCUGAAAAGCUCCAAGGAAGAUCAGGGAAGAGCUGUAGGUUGAGAUGGUUCAAUCAGUUGGAUCCAAGGAUCAAUAGAAACCCUUUUACAGAGGAGGAAGAGGAGCGACUUUUGGCUUCUCACCGGAUCCAUGGGAAUAGAUGGGCUGUAAUAGCAAGGCUUUUCCCUGGUCGCACUGAUAAUGCAGUGAAGAACCAUUGGCAUGUGAUCAUGGCACGGAGAUGCAGAGAAAGAUCUAAGCUUUAUGCCAAAAGAGCUGCUCAGACAUUAAUGAACGAGCAAAAGACUUCUUCUUUAAAAGUUCAAGACGUCCAGAUCAUCAACUGUGAGACAAGAAACCUUACUCCCUUUGUUGACAAAUUCCGUGAAAGAUAUGCCUACCCUUUCACAUAUAACUCUCCCCAAUUUCCCAAAGAGUGGUUCUCUCAAGAUCUAAGUCCUUGUAUCACUAUGCUCGAAGAAAAGAAGCAGCCGGUUGAGUUUUAUGAUUUUCUGCAAGUAAAUACAGAGUCUAAUGGUAGCGAAGUGAUAGAUAAUGCGAGAAGAGAUGAUGAGGAGGUGAACCAAGAAGAAACGGAACAGCAGAACAAGGCUGGUGUUCCAUUCAUAGAUUUCUUGUCUGUUACUGGAAGUUCUUAAUUAGUAUACGGUUGUGGUGUCUGAAUGAUGAUAGAUGACACAUACUGUAUUAAAAAACAAAGAAAAGAAAGGAAUCACUUGCAUAUACGUACGUCUUCUAACUAAUUACUACCUGAUCACCUAGAUGCAUGUUGCUACUGCAUUGACAGACAGACUAUAUUUAAGGAGACAUGUAGCAUGUAGGGAUAUAUAUAUAUAUAUAUAUAUAUAUAUAUAUAUAUAUAUACUCGGAAAAGC